AUGUUUUUGUAUCAAGUUGUUCUUGUUGGUGGAUACAACUGCUUUUUAAAUGUUAUUAUACAGUCUUUAUGGCAUUUGGGACGUUUCCGCGAGGAGUUUUUGAGCACGUCCAAGUCAGCACAUGUCCAUGUUGGCGAUCCAUGCGUGACAUGCGCAUUACAUGAUAUAUUUAAAGCUUUAAACACGACUUCUACAGACUCAAAAUCUCAAGUUGUUGCACCUACUGCUCUUAGAAUCGCUCUCAGCAACUUGUAUCCACAUAGUAGUUUUUUUCAAGAGGCACAAAUGAAUGAUGCUUCUGAACUGUUAGGAGUGAUAUUUGAUUGUUUACACCAUGAAGGUUGCGAUCCCCAGGAUGGUGGCUGUGGGAAGCUUAACUACAUUCAUCAUAUUCUUUCUACUCCGCCUCAUAUUUUCACACAACAGAAUACUUGUAAAAGUGUUGAAGAUAUAAAGGCGACAUUGGCAGCCUUAUCUACACAAAUUGAUUUAAGUGUUCUUUAUCGUGGACUUGACCCAAACAACAGGCGCACCCUUGUUUCAGUGCUACAACUCCCUCAUCUCUUUUUAUAA